AUGUUUAGAGCAGUGAAACAGAAAUCUGUAUCCGUGGCAGGUGUUAGGUGUGGUCGUCACAUUUCCCGUGUUACGUCAGACCGUGUCUGGAUCUGUGAUGAUAACAAUCUUAUCUUGACAAACACAGCAGGUGAUCAACUACAUCAUCUGACGGGUAUACUCAGUGGUUAUGGAGUACACACAGUGAAUAAUGAGGGCGAUUUAAUUUAUAUAGACAGAGAGUACAACAUCAACAAACUGUCUACAGAUAACACAGUAAAGACUACUUUAAUAAAGUACACAGCACCGUGGGAACCACGGUGUGUCUACAGCUCCCCCUCCACUGGAUACCUGCUGAUCGUGAUGCGUAAUACUGAUACCAAUACAGGCAAGGUAGUGAGGUAUAACUCCACAGGACAACACGUACAGUCCAUACAGUACGACAACAAAGGUCAGGAACUGUAUUGUAUACCUAGAUACAUCACAGAGAACCGCAAUGGAGAUGUUGUUGUGUCUGACUGGUUCUGUGUAGUGGUGACGGAUGGUGGAGGGAGUUAUCGCUUCUCCUUCAAAGGACACUCAUCAGGAUCACGACUAGAUCCGCUUGGAAUCUGUACAGACUCCCUGUCACACAUCUUCGUGUGUGAUUAUAACACCGGCUCAGUACUGAUAAUUGACAAAGAUGGACAAUUCCUGUCACAAAUAGAGACCCGAGAGCACGGGAUUGACGGACCAUGCGGCCUGAUUUUUGAUGACAAAAUGAUCUGCCUCUGGGUUGGUUCAUGGGACAAAAACACAGUGAACAUAUACAGACUCGGGGAUUCUCUGACUGGGAGGUCGAUGGAGGCAGCAGACAAAUAUUCAGCCCAGAUUGAAAGGAACUUAGGAUGCGCCAAAGCCAUCUCCACAAAAACACAAACAACAGAAAAGCUGCAGCCAAAUGUGACAAGGGAAGAUCAAGGAACAUAA